AUGCCGAACGUCUUUGCGGUACCAGUCUUCUUCAUCUGUUUCCGAGAAUGCCUGGAGACGAGCAUCAUUGUCUCUGUCCUCCUUGCUUUUUUGAAGCAGAGUCUCGGCCCUGAGCAUGAUGCUGCUAUUCGCAAACGCCUUGUCCGGCAGGUUUGGUACGGUGUAGGGGCCGGGAUACUGAUAUGUCUGAUCAUUUGUGCUGGUGUGAUCGGAACGUUCUACACAGCAGGCAGGAAUUCUUUCGAGUCGGCUGAAAAUAUCUGGGAAGGUGUGUUUGGCAUCGUGGCAAGCAUCAUCAUCACCUUGAUGGGCGCAGCCCUGCUACGUGUGAGCAAACUGCAAGACAAAUGGCGUGUUAAGAUUGCCAAGGUUCUCGAGAACAAGGACACAAAGUUGCCCAUCAAGGGUAAGUUGAAGGCAUGGUCGGAGAAGUAUGCCAUGUUUGUCCUGCCAUUCAUUACCGUCCUCCGUGAAGGUAUCGAGGCCGUGCUCUUCAUUGCUGGUGUUGGCCUUGGUUUGCCCGCCACUUCAUUCCCCUUGGCUGUACUCUGUGGGCUCGGUGCUGGCGCGCUCGUGGGUUGGCUCAUUUACAAGGGCGGCAACAAAACGUCCCUGCAAAUAUUCCUCGUUAUUUCCACAUGUUUCCUGUACCUUGUCGCCGCUGGUCUCUUUUCCAAGGGCGUCUGGAACCUCGAGCAGAACGCGUGGGUGAGGCUUGCUGGUGAGGGUGCAGCAGAAGCUGGUACCGGACCUGGCAGCUAUGACAUUAGGAAUAGUGUUUGGCACGUCAACUGCUGCUCACCUUUGGAAAACGGUGAUGGUGGCUGGAUGAUUUUCAACUCACUGUUCGGAUGGCAAAACAGCGCUACCUAUGGUUCCGUCAUCUCGUACAACCUCUACUGGCUUGCCGUAAUCCUCGGUUUCCUGUACAUGGGCUGGAAGGAGAACAAGGAGACCGUUCCGGCGACCGUUGCCCCCGUGGAAACAGAAAGCGAUACCUCCAGCCGGUACCGGGACUUCGAAGAGAAGACGGCCAACGAGCAGGGCCUGGGUGCCGGCACUUCUACUAGGCAGGUGCAGUAG